GUUUUGAGACUGUAUUUUUUCAGAGAUACCCGAAAUAAAGUGAGUGAUCAUGUCGGGGAGUUACUUGGCAGCCGCCGCGGCGAUGUUCGACGCCACUGUAAUUUUUCCCUGGAUGAUCAAGCUAUUUAUGAUCACGGCGUUCGUGAACGUGAUAAGCUCAAUGUACCAGUCCCUGGUAACAGAGGGCAUCAAAUCAGUGGCUCGUAGCGCCAUGCGUACCAUCGGAGUGUCCACUGAGAAGAACGUGAAGCUGAACCACGACACCGCCGUGUUCACCGAGGUCGCCAAGUCCGGCAUCGUCGGGCUCGGCGAAACCUAUGCUGCGGGUUACUGGGAACCCGUGGCCCGACUCGACGACUUCCUGUUCAACAUCAUCGUCAAGUCCGAUGCCCUGGGCUCCUUUUUCGGCAACUAUUGUGUCCGACUGGCUUCAAUGACCAAGACAUACUUUGAUUUCCCAAACGGGUCUCAAAUCCAAGCGCAUCGGUGCACAAAUAACCCGGCCUCAUCAGCAGACGACGACCACGUCGAACCAGAAGCAAUCAGCACGCAAAACAUACUCAUGUCUGGUCUCUGGACCAAAUCCCAAGACCUGGACGAAGCCCUACUGGCCCGCAUGAGCGACAUUGCGGAAAAACUACGCUUGCGACCCGGUCAUCGCGUCUUGGACAUCAACUGCGGCCACGGGGCAUUGGCGUGCUAUUUGGCAGAGAAUAACGACGGGAUUUCCAUUACUGGGAUCGACGGGUCCAGGCAGCAAAUCGAUUCGUCCAGACGCCGGGCCGAAGAGGUCGGAGUAAGCGACCGGACCGAGUUCAUUAAUGGGAACUGGGGCUCGGUGACGAUUGUCAAACUGGCCUAG